GCGUCCUCCCGCGGAGGGGUGUAAACAGGCGCCGCGGCGGCCGAGCUGCUGCCCUGCUGCGUCCGCGUCUCCGGCAUGCUGCAGGCGGGCGGAGGCGGCCCCGCCGCGAGCUCGGCGCCCACCUGAGACAACUCCGGCGGCCUCGGGUCCGGCGCAGCCCUUGCCGCGCGCGGCCGUCGCUGCCGGCCGCCGACGAGGCCGGCCGAGCCCCCCGGCCCCGGCAGGGGGUGUGGCUAUUGGCUGUGCGGUCCGCGACAGGUGGGCUGGACGGGGGCGGCCGCCCAGGCCCGGGCUCCGCACCGCCCCGCCGCCGAGCCGGCGGAAAGGCGGCAGCGCCCCGGGGCCGUGGGCUCUUCCGCCCCGGUGCUCCAGGCUGCCCUUGGAGCUGGGCCGAGCGGGGGCCGCAGGCGCCGCCGGGCGCUGAGGGCCCCGGGCUGCCAGCGUGGAGUCCUAGUUGAAGUCCUGCCCACGACGGGCUGUGAGACCUUGGGCAAGUCAGCCCUCCCCUUGGCCCGAGUUUCCACAGCUGUAAAAUGAAAGUCUGGACUAGGCGGUUUGUGAGGACCUUCCCCUUCUGACGUGUGUGAUCGCGAGAGAGAUCUGCAUACACUGGAAGCUGCCAGAGGGAAGAAAUCACAGUUUCUGCUGUGAGGCAGUCUCUGAAGAGAUAGAUGAUAUGUGGUGGAGCAAGCCCUUGGGGGAAAAAAGCCUGACGUCCAUGGCCCAAAAUGACUCUACCACUGGAGACCUUCUUCCGUAAAGAGGAAGACCAGACAGGAGGUUGGGAUGAGCAUGCCACUGCAUCAGAUCUCUGCCAUUCCAUCCCAGGAUGCCACCUCUGCUAGAGUCUACAGAAGUAAGACCAAAGACAAGGAGAGGGAAGAGCAGAAUGAGAAGACUUUGGGACAUUCCAUGAGUCAUUCAAGUAAUAUUUCUAAGGGUUUGCCUUCCAUUCAGAAUAAAGGAAAAAAAAAAUGCGUGGUUUCAAGAUGCUCCUGUCCUUUGAAGAUAACAGGGAGGGAGAUAAGACACCAUGACCAGCCCGCGGCCUUCGUGACACUUUGCUGGCCUUGCCUACCGAUGCCGAACAGAGCUGGUCACCCUCACAAAUCAAAGAAAGGAGCAAGACGUUCAAGAAGGCUUCCUUCUCAGAAUGGGGCUGGGGGUUCCUCGGUGGCGUCUGCUCCAGUGUCCGCCUUCUCUCGCACUUCUGUCACACCCUCCAAUCAGGACAUCUGCAGUUCCAGUGCAGUGUUUUCUGAGUGUUGUCACCACAGUCCUGUGCAGUCUGCUGUUGUCUUGAAAGCUCCUCCGUGCCAGAGUCCUCAGACCCAAGGGCUCACUGUGACAGUUAUCUGUCAAGACACAGUACAGGCGUCAAAGAGGAAUUCCUAUGGCUCAGAUUGGGUCCAGGCCUCAAAGCCUGCUAAGAAUACCAAAGCCAGAAGAACACUAAAGUUCUCAAAAUCCCUAAAUGAUGUGGGUGAGAAGGCCCAGGACAUUUGGGGAAGUUCUGACUAUGUGGAGAGAACAUGCUCUGAAGGGAAACUGAUGCACCCCCAGGACCCCUGUGUCAGAAUUAACAGGUUCCACCAUCAAGAAAGAAGAACGCUGAAUUGCAAACCUCUGGGCAGUUCCAAAUAUUCUUGCGUCUCAUCCCUUUCGGCCAGUCGUUCUGCGGCCUCGGAGGUGGGAGCUGGCAAGGGGGACAUAAACGUCCCGCUUGUGGAGGAGAAGGCGGAUGGCGAGGCCAUGUCCAGAAGCCGGCGACUGCUCCGGUGCCUGUUCUCACUGGCGCACGGCUCGAGCGCCGGCAGCCUGCAGCGGUUCCACGAGCUGGAGAGCCGCGCCGCUGCCCGGCACGCUGCCAAGUCCUCCAGCGGGCUGGCGGGGAGCGCCGGCUUCUGCUCCGACGACAUGGGGGAUGACGACGUCUUUGAGGACAGUGGCUCCCCAAAACUGAAGAGCAGGGUCCUGCGGGCGCCCCUCUGCUCAGUGGAGAAGGACAGCGACCUGGAUUGUCCUUCCCCCCUCUCUGAAAAGUGCCCCCCUACUUCUCCCGUGUCCGCGUCAGGGGAUGCCUGCAGGAUCUGUCACUGUGAAGGGGAUGACGAGAGCCCUUUGAUCACCCCCUGCCACUGCACGGGGAGCCUCCACUUUGUGCACCAGGCCUGCCUGCAGCAGUGGAUCAAGAGCUCUGACACGCGCUGCUGUGAGCUGUGCAAGUACGAAUUCAUCAUGGAGACCAAGCUGAAGCCGCUGAGGAAAUGGGAGAAGUUACAGAUGACAGCCAGCGAGCGCAGGAAGAUCAUGUGCUCAGUCACAUUCCAUGUCAUCGCCAUCACCUGUGUGGUCUGGUCCUUGUACGUGCUCAUCGACCGCACCGCCGAGGAGAUCAAGCAGGGGCAGGCAACAGGAAUCCUAGAGUGGCCCUUUUGGACUAAAUUGGUGGUUGUGGCCAUCGGCUUUACUGGUGGACUUCUUUUUAUGUAUGUUCAGUGCAAAGUGUACAUACAAUUAUGGAAGAGACUCAAGGCUUAUAACAGAGUAAUCUAUGUUCAGAACUGUCCAGAAACAAGCAAAAAGAAUAUCUUUGAAAAAUCUGCACUAACAGAGCCCAACUUUGAGAAUAAAGAUGGACGUGGAACCUGUCAUUCCGACACAAACUCUUCUUCUUGCACAGAACCUGAAGACACUGGAGCAGAGAUCGUUCACGUCUGAUUGUGUGGAGGGUGUAGUUUUCCUGGACACCCAUGAACAGCUGAAGGAAAUUGUUUACUGCCAAUUGUGUACCUUUUCUUAUGUCCUUUAAUAGCAGAGACUGGGCAGGUCACUAUUUUUAAUGGCUUCUCUUUUUCUAAAUCCUCCUUAGUGACUCUCCUGGAAAGCCCUCACGUGGGCUGUGCACGACGGGCUUCUGCCCCUGCCAGCGCGUCUGUGGGAAGGGAAGGUGGGAGACCCGUGACACCGUGGUGGCAGCUGGCCGGGUUCUGGCCUGUAGUCUUGAGUGGGAUGAGAGAGUAAGAUGGCAAACGUGCGGGAAGAGCAGGCGCAGGCGGAGCCUGAGCCCCGGCGCACCUCCUGCACCCCGCCCUGAGGAGAGGCCUCCCCUCACUCAGGAGGCUGCUGGCACCAGUUCUCCUGAGCAGCCCGGGCCGCGGUGCUCUGUGCGAGGUGGCGAGUGAUUCACUAAGCAAACAGCACUUUACAAAAAGAGAAUCUUUAUUUUGUAAUAUGUGUGUCCCAUGGGAUUGACAUUUAAAAGAAUGUCUCAUUUAGAAACAUCCCCUUCACGACCCUGAUUAUCUCUUCACGUUAUAAUAGAUCUGAAGCCCUUUUUGCCUUAUAUAUUCUAAGAAAUGUGACAUCCACUCUGUGUCCAUAACAGGGACUUGUGACUCCAAAGCAGGACAGCCAGGUCUGAGGGCUUUUUCAUAAUUUCAUGGGAUUGGAUGCUCAGUGUCAAUUUGAGCAUAAUUCCUAUGGUUUCGAGCAUGUCUUAUGCCAAGUCUUCACUUCAUAGGCCUACCCUGAACAUUUCUUUUUUUGUCUGUCCUGAAGAAGGGUUCACGAGAUCGAAAGUAAAGGAAAGGAAGUGAGUAAUUAGAACAAAAGUGAAUAUUUAAAAACUAUUCCUUUACAGACAAACUGCUCCAGUUUGCGCUGGCUUCACACUGAGAGAGUAAGUCUGGGCCGCGCGCGCUGUGGGAACUCCUGGGUGUCUGCCGCUCGUUCAGCCCCCACCCGGCAGACUCUGGCUCACUGCCCAGGGCAGAGAGGCAGACGGGCUGGCUCUGGGGUGAAGGCCAGGAGUGAGCAGCAAACUGCCAUGGUCCACUGUGUCCCUGCCCCCAGCCACACCCCUGCCCAUUUGUCGCCUUAACUGGACUGAACAGAGAGGAUCCUUUAGGGGUCCCUGGCCUUGCUGUCGGUCUGUUCUGUUAUCAGGGAUUAUCUGCUGGACCAUUUUUCAUAAAACCAAAAUCACUACCAUCAAAUGGCCUUUGUCCCUUUAAAAAGUCAACUUAAAAUUCUGUUUUUAAAAACCAACAUGCCAGGCAAAUAAGAGUCAACUGAAGGAAAAUAAGCCGGAGGGUUUACAGUGUAACAUGACUAUGCCUGGGUACUUCCUCUCCUGGCAGCUCUGCAGAUGCCUGGGGUGAGAUGCCUGGGGGCCCUGCCCUCCAUCCUCUGAGCUUUAGGUGUUUCAUCCAUCCUGUUAGGACAUGAAGCAGACACAAGAUGAUUCCUUUGCCUUUCAGAGUGGAGGCCCCAUCAUUUGUUGUGAAAGCUGGGAGGAGGCUAAAGACUCUCUAGGCGCUGGGGCAUGGCUCUCGUAGCAGGCUUUGUCCUCCUGUGGUUGACUCUGGCCGGGCAGGUCCAACCACAGUCGACCCUUGGAAGUAGGUCAGCCCGCCCUCUGUCUCCCAGGCCACAUCCAGUUCGUGCCUGUGCUCCCUGUGCCCCAAAGUGCAAUUACCCACACCCCUUCUCAGCCUGGGGACACCGAGGAGCUACAGACUGCCCACUCAGGAGAGCUGAAUCCCUGGUCAGCCCUGCCUGUGCCCCUUAGGAACUGCCAGGGCAAGGCCCCUUGUCCCUGCCACCCUCUAACGGUGGGGGAGUGGUCAAGGGGAGACCUCUUCCCCCUGGUGGAACCCCUUAUGCUGAAUUUGAAAAGCACUGAGACUUCUGUAAAGAGGAAAGUGUGCUCAGGCGGGGAUAGCCCCUGGCAGCCCUCCCCCUCGUUGUGGCUGGCGCCCCCUGAAGCCGAGGUGCCUUUAUCACUGUGACUGUCGCAUUGCUUCCAUGCCCAACCACAUUCUCCGUGAAGCCUUCUCACUUCUUUUCAGGAAGCACCUAACACCAUCUCUUCACCUCCAGCCGAGCUCCUAAAAGCCUCUGCCUGUGGACAGUCUGUCCCGUGUCCUCCUUUUCUCUCCUGGGAUGGCACACAGCUACCCCCUUGCCUCUCUUUUCUCACAGUUUCUGAUGAGCACCUCUGACCCCGUGGUUCCAGUGCUAACCUCUACCCCUACAGGGACCAAGUGUCAAGCCCGGGCUGGGCUGGGCUGUGCUGCCACCUAGUGGGAGCUUCCAGGCAUUCCUUCAGUCUAGGUCAGCUUGCCCUCUAGGUUCUUUUGGGGGGUUAGUUGUUCCGCAUUUUCUCAUUUUGCUCCUGGCUUUAGUGUGAAGAUGGCAUUUUGCUGAACCGUAUAGAAAUGAGAUGAGCUUGCAGGCCUCUGAGCCAGGAGGGCUGGUAUUUGUAGGCCAGGCAAGAGGGAGAGGAAGGCAGCCUCUGGUGUCACCAGCCAUUGCUGAUUUGGUCUCUGCUCUCCCCCAAAUGGCAGUUCCACUCAAGAUCUUUUGUGCCUGAGUUUAUUUUUAAGAUUUUCCUGAAAACUGUAAAAUGUCUCUUCCUACUCCAGGCCCCCUAAUGUCUCUUCCUUUUUGGCCUCAGUCACUCUUUUCCAUCUCACGGGUCCAGUUCCCAAACCUGCAGAUGUGCCCUGCCUGGCCACAGACAUACGGGCCCCAGGCACUGGGCCGGUUUGGAGCCUGAGGUCAUGCCUGCAUGGGCUGGAGCUGCUUCAGCUGCCUGGCGGUCGCUGCAGAGCCGGAGAAGGACUGGGCACGGCAGGGUAAAGAUCCAUGAUGCUGUGGGUUUGGCUUAAUGCAGAUACACUUUGAAGAUACUUUCCCUCUUGGAUCUGAUGUGAAAUAUGCAGCUUACAUCUCUAGCCCAAGCAAAGACCGAAAGGUAGGGACAUAAAAGUGUUUGUCUUUAUUCUGGAAGUAAUUAAAUUGUGUGACUCAUCACCUAUUUAGAUGCAAUGUUUAUAGAACAUUGAUUGUUAAUAAAGACCAAAUUUACACUGGCAUGUGUGGUGUAGUUUCUAAAAGGCACUUCACACUUGAAGUUUUUCUUAACUUAGAAAAUUUCUGGUUAUCUGAGUGUCUAGUUUUGUAUCCUUUCGUGUAUGUUCACUGUUUCUCAGUAUUACUGCUUGAAUAAUUCUGUUUCGGGGGUGGUUUGUGCUGUCUGUACACGGGAGUGUCUAACUGCAGCAAUAAAGCAUUUCUUUAAAAAGGA